ACACUUGCCAGCAAUUCAAAUCGAACGGACCACCGAAAGCUACUGCAAUUACACUCGCUGCUUCCUCUCGGUCUCCCCCACCCGAAUUAGAAAAGGCGGCGCUGAUCGCACCAAUCUGAUAUCGAUCCGCCCUUUGUUCCCCUCAAUUGCGUGCGCUUGAUUUGCCCCCAAGGGAGUGUCGCAGUUCUCGCACAGAUCCUACCCAAACCCCAAUCUCUCCGCGAUCUCCUCCAAUGGGAGCCGAGCCGGACUUCUCGCUACCGCCGCCGGAGCCCACGCACUCGCCGGAGCCGGAGGUCUCCGGCAAAGACAGUCGGAACUGGAAGGCGGAGAUGAUGUCGGCUCUCGGCGAGUCGGUCUCCUUCGGCCGCUUCCUCACGGAGCCGCUCGAAUGGGGGAAGUGGUCCACCUUCGCGCACAACCGCUACCUCGAGGAGGCGGCAGUGCAGGCGCGCUCAGGCUCAGUCGCGCAGAAGAAGGCAUUCUUCGAGGCGCAUUACGCUAGGAAGAAGCGCAAGAGCGAGGACCACGCCGCCGCCAGUGAUGAUGUUGCAGGCGGUGAUGGCGAUCUCGAGGCGGCAGAGGAUGGUGGUACCGCCUCGUGGUUGUUGUCUGCUGCGGAGUCUUCCUGCAUGACCGAUGAACCACCGGCACCAGCGGAGGAGGUGUGCUGCGGUUGGGAGGACGGAGUGGAUUGUGGUGGCAGCGCCAGUGACAAGCCAGUACACGUGCCGGAGCAGCUCGCAGACAUCACCGAUGCCGUUGGGCCUUCUUGCAGGCCGGAUGCGCCCAUGGAUGAGAUGUGCGACAUGGAGAGCAGCAACCAAGUGGUUGAAGCAGUUUUGCAAUUGCAGAAGCAGGAUUUGUGCAUGGAUAGUUUGACGGCCGUUGAUGCCACUUUGAAGGAAAUUUCCAUUUUGAAUCAGGAUAUCACAGAUUCUGCCAAGAAAAGGAGGAUUCAAACUGGGUCCCUGCUUUCAAAGCCGGCAAAGCUCAGCUCUCCCCCCACAGCAAAGAAAGGGCAGUCUUCUUCAGCUAAAAGGCGGUCGAUGCGGCAUUCUGCAAAGGAGAACUCACCUCCUAGUGCAGACAGUAGCAAGCUAGGAACAACUUCGACCCCCAAAAAGAGGUCAACACUGUCAGCCUUGCAUAUGUCUAUGAAUUUCACGAGAUGUGAAUCUGGCAAUGCUUCCAUGGACUCAAGAAAUCUUGGUACCACAAUUGCUGAUAGGAUUAGGCAGCUGGAGUAUGCAACCAAGCCUGCAGAAAGCACUAAGCCUCAUGAUUUAAGGCUAUCAAGAAAGACAUUUUCCAGUGCUUUGCCUGAAAUUGCUCCAAGGACAUCUCAAGUGGAUGAAGAAAGAUCAUCACAUAUAAUGAAAAUCAAAGAAAAGCUAUUUGGUUUGACAUCCCCAAGAGUGCAUCAGAAAUCUGGUAUAACCAAAGAAAAAGAGAGAAAGUUCAACAAUGAACCCGGGUUUAAAGAAUCACGACAGAGCUUUUGCUUCAAAGCCAAGCCGCUGCCAAAUUUCUAUCGAAGAAACAGACAACCAAAGGACCCAAGUCAUCAGACUACUCAAGAGAUACCAAGUUCGUCGAAGAGUGGCCGCAAUCUACUAAGUGAUGUUAAUGAAGCACACCAAGCGGGGAAAGGUGCAUCUGAUGAGAAACAGAUAUGUUGCUUCCCCAUCAGAAAGAUGUAUUAGAUCUGUGUCCUCUUCUAAUUCCUCGUCGAUUCGCGGUUUCCAGUAUAUAUUAGCUUAUUCUUUUCAUUCAUAUUCAGUUACCAAUUUGGGGACAUCUGUAGCAAGGUUAUCUUCUGAGCCACAUUGGAGGAUACAAUUCUCAAUCCAUCCAAUUCUCGGGUCAGUGUUUGUGAUGGUAAUCCGGACUGGCGUUUCCGGGCUUUGAAGUGUAAUGGUUUCAUUUUUAGAGCCUUGUAAUAAAAAUGGGCUCACAAAAACUCGCCCUACCUCUGUCUCCCAUCUUUUCCCCUUUUUUUUUUUUUGUUAAUGGUGUCAGUGUGCCACUCUCCACCAUAUUGAUGUCAACCAAAGUUUGCCUUCUUCACCA